GCGAGGAAUCGGACGCAGUGUUGACCUGAGUGGCCCAGGUGACCCUCGGGGGGAGGGGGGGACGGCCACUGCUGGCUCUCUCUCACUGACAUAUGCUACUUGUUUUACCUAAGUUUAUUGGAAGAAGACGUUACCUACUAAUCUUAUCUACACGGUCUACUUGUGUCUGUUAUCUACAGCAGAUAUACCCUGAAAGUGGUGAUGGUAGACGGUGAUACGUCUAGGUGUGUGUUGUGGUGCUCUCGGUCUGGGUGACGGUACACCCACCCACCACUAAGAUAAAUUUCAAAAUCUGCAUUACCAAUAAUUUUGAUGGCAAUAAAGAGUAGUGCAAUAUGGGAGGCUUCAGUAAACUACUGCCAUACACUUGUUAUGAGCUUGGACACUGCUUCAAUCACUCUUGUUGCUUUGCAAGUUUGGAAAUAUGCAUCAUUGGAUUUAUUGAGAGCUGCAAGAUCUAUGGACUAGUUUAUUUGCUCACUGCACUCAUAAAAUCUCGGAAACUAAGCUUCGAAUAUGGACGGAAAUUGUUAAAAGAUUAUAUAACAUCUGUGUGCUUUUUAACAGUCAAUGCCUUUGGAUACAUUGGUUCCUUCUGUGUCUUAAGGCACAUUCUUGGUCAUGUGAACUUCCUGUCUGCAUCAUUCCUGCCUGGUAUGAUUGGUAGUCUCAUGGCUAUAAAUGUGGAACGACCAGAACGUAGAUCCCUACUGGCCAUUUACGUUACUAAUGUGGCAUCAGAAUGCUUGUGGAAUGUUGCAGUGGGACAUGGCUAUGUGAAGGCCAUUCCUCGAGGUGAAAUCUUGGUAUUUGCCGGGGCCAUGGCAGUUUUAGGAUACACUUUCCGGUCAUCAAAGCCCUUUAGCAAACUAAUGAACUCGAUUCUUCAACUCAUUUUAGGUGGUAGUGAAUCAGGUCCGAUGAUUGUAGCUCGAAAUGCGCGCGCACACAAGGAACUGCAGCAUCCUCAGCCAAAGCAGAAGUCAUGGUUCUGGAGACUGUCGUCACUGUUUACUCGCUCUCAUCCAUUGUGUCCUCAUAAACGUGGCUGUCUUCCAAACUUUGUUAUGAUGGGUGUCCAAGGAUUUUUAAAGGGCUUCCUUCUGCAGUUUGCAGUCAAAUUCAUGUCAUCAUUUCCAAGAUUAUUAAGAAGCCCAUCAAAGCUCCAUGGCUUGUUAUUUAGCAGAAACAACGUCAAUGCUGGUCUAUUCUUUGCUUGGUUUAUAUCAGUAUUUAAGGGGACGUGUUGCGCUGGGCGCUGGUGGCAUGGGAAGGAGGCGCCAUCGCACGGAGCAGUUGCUGGUGUGCUGUCGGCUCUUUCAAUGUAUUUCUACUCUGCCCCAUCUAUUGCACUUUAUAUUAUGUGGAAAGUUCUUGAGGGUGUGUAUGAAAAGGGUUGUGAUGAGGGUUACCUCCCUCGUAUUCCCGGGUCUGUGGAACUGCUCUACUCACUGUCUACUGGUUAUCUCUUUCACGUGGCUGUGAUAGAGAAGUGUUACAUGAAACCGUCUUACUGGCGCUUUCUCAAAAGACUAACGUGGGGCAGGUUGUGUCACUACAACCGUCAUCUUCUGGCUCCUUUUGGAUUGGACAGUGCUAAAGAUUUUGAACACUUUUGGCCAAAUUAUGAUCCAAAUUUCAUCAGUGAAGCUGUUAAAAAAAUGAAUCCAAAUCACAUUUCAUAGCCGAGAGUCUGAUACAAUUGCAGAAUGAGUAGAUACAAUUAAUUGGUGCUGUAUUGUUACAUUUAUAAUGAAAAAUGUUGACCAUGUUAUUAUUUUAAGUUUUUAAAUGUCCUUUCCUUUUAAAUAUUUCAAACUUUUCCAGUGUAGUAUUUUGCUAAUUAAUUGUUUCCAGAUAAAUGUUAAUCACUUUGAUGAUAUUUUGGAUGAAGUUUAAAAGAUUAAAAGGUGAGUAAUAUUUGUUACAUUUGACUGUUCAAAGUCCAAGGUUCCUAAACCAAAUAACACCAAGACUCAUAAAGGAUUUAAAUAUAUUAACUUUAUAAUAAGAAAGGAAGCAAUUUACCAAAAGGUGUUAUUUAGUGAUUACUGUAGCCACCCAGUCUCGUAUCUUACCAUAUUCCAUGCAUUGUUGGUACUCAAUCCCCAUUUUGUGCUGUGCUUACUUACUACUGUCAAAAAGUCCUUCCUGUUUUUUGUAUAGUUUUUAAUUUUUCUCAAUAUUCCCUCAUUGCACUUAUAUUUUUAUGUUUACUUUUUUUCUUUUUUUUUUCUGGCACAUUUUACUCAUUGUGCAAUACAGUACCUUUGUUAUCUUCUCCCUCUCCUGUUCACUUUGUACUGUAUCUAUAAACUCCACUUUUUAUAUUUACUGCUGUGCUACUUCCUCAGUACCCAAGGCACUGUGCAUUUGCAGUAAUAAUAGAGUAUCCUGGUGACCCCACUUGUCACUUGGGGGUUCUUGACCGACAUGUUCCAUAACUGCAUUGUAGCAAGCAACAGCAGAUUGAGUUAGUGUCCACUCUUCCCUUCCCCAAUAAUGUGGCAAAAAAACUUGAAAAGUUGCUUGUCACUGAGGGGAGACAAGUUGCAUAAGAGCCUCGCAAGUAAAUUAAGUUCUCUGUGGGCUAUGUAGGUUCUGACUUGGGGAGUAAUUAAAGGACAUGGAGCAUUUCAUUUCACUCCAUGCCCUGUUUUUACACCUGGUUAGCAGAUGUUGAGAAUUCUUGGCCUGAGCACUGGUGCCCUUGGGGUGGUCACAGUAGUUCCCAGUUUCCUUUACUAUCAGUACCAAAAUGAUGGUUUUCUGUGAUAUCACUCUUAAGUAAUACACUCUUAUCUUAAUUUCAAGUUGGUCUUUAAGAGCUAGAAAUAGAUGAUAACUAAUGUAAUCUAAUGUUACUAUCAAAUGGAGGAAAGUUUUUUAUUUGAACACUAUAUAUUCAGAUUGAAUCAAAAUUUAAUAAUGUAAAAACAGGACAUUCAACCCACAAAUCAGAAAAUGAAAAAUUGAUAAUGUUAUAGUCCAUCCUGGACCAUUUUCAAGUUGUAUAAUGAUAAUAACUUUAUAAUGGUCCAGGAUGGACUGAAAUGUUUUUGCACAAUAAAGUGGCCGACAGCCGAAGCAGGUAACGUCAAAAUGCCCUGGUGGAGUGGAACCAGAACACUGAAAACAGUAAAAGCUGCACUGUUUUAAAAGGUUAAAUGACAUUCCUGUUGUGCAGGAAAUGUAGUGAGAGCUGCAUUAAUGAACUCUUUCAUCAUUUAGAGGCAGGAAGCAGAUGGGGGCAAUGGACCAUAUUGAAGGGAGUUUGCACACUGGUUGACGAAUGUUUCACGACUGACGGAGUGGGGACCUGUCAGGUUUUGAGGUGAUAUCUUUUGGUCCCGAGCCUACUGAGCUGGAGUGCCCCUGAGAUCAGAUUUGUGGGUUGGGUGUCUGAUCUUCAGUCAUGUUAUUAUGACUCUUCAUCUGCAAUGUGAAAACAAGUUUAUAAUAGAAUCAUCUAGAGAUUGAACUCUAUUAUCUUAAAUUAAAAUGCUAAUUGAAUCGGCAGUUACGAAGUUGAGCCAUAACACGACACCAGUGUAAGCCUUGAGGAGAGUUAUGACAUGCAGGCGAUUAUAAAUCAGACCAGUGGCCAUUGCUGAUGGUGAAUUAUCAGGUUUAAUUCCUUUAUGUGCAAUAAUAUAACAGGUCUUUUUUUUUUAUUUACUUUUGGUUAUACAAUAAUGAGUACAAUUGUAUGACUAGUGGUGAUCUAUAUAAUGUUUUCUGAAAUGGCUUUAUUAAGUUGCUUUUUAUUGUAUGUGCACAUUUGUGAAGCACUGUGAUGUCUAUAUUUUGAUGCUUUUAUGAUCUUAUAUUUAUUCAUAUUAAUGUUAGCACCAGGAAUAAAGCAGUUUGUGUACGCUGA